CGGAAGUUCGCCACACAGGAUUGAAGCGCCUUGUGUUAGCUUGCUGACGAGCGACGGGAUUUUUAAAAAAAUGUAUUUAUUAGACAGUUAUGAAUAAAUUUCAUACUCCUAUCGCUAAACUAGGAUGUGCCUCACUUUUAUGUUGGGACAUUCUUGUGACGUGACUCAAUCCUGCUUAAAGACGGCAAGGUAAAGCGACGGAGAAUCCAUCAUAAAAUUGAGCGGCUUGUUUUCGUUCCCUGGGAGGAAUUACGGUUUGGGAUCACGAUGGGGUUCUCUUCGGUUUUGAGUUUCACUUUAACUACUGUCCAGCCGGAUGGACGGUGGCGCCUGUUAGCCCCAGAGAUUAAGUUGGUCGCGGUGUGAGCGAAGGAGCGGUCGCGUGCUAAAAAAGAUAUGGAGGACAUCAUUUUGAUCAGCUCCGGGGAAGAUUCGGACGUCGAAAGCAAGAACGGUUCGGUAAUACAAAAUGAACAGUCAAGAUAUUCAACUCUGCUGAUUGACCUCACAGACUCCAGAUGGGCACCUUCACAGAAGCGAUGCAGAAACCGGUGUCGGAAACCCCCCACGUGCUUUGUCCCGGACCUGCGUGAGUGCAAACCGCUUAGGUUCAUGAUGGAUCCCUGUCCAGCGAAAGCGACUUUGGAAGGAAAGGAAAAGACUCCUAAAUACCUGAUGAGCCUGACCGAGGGCUCUGGUCUGAACUAUCCUUGUCGGUCUCCAACUGUAGCGCUCUCCGCAGGGAACCUGUCAACACCGGACCACUUCAACAAGAUAACGGAAUUGUGUCACAACUUUCCCAGUGAAGCACGGGGUGACGGGAAAACUAUAAAUCAGAUCAGUGAUGUCUCAUGGAAAUGUCUGGAGAAGUCGCCUUAUUAUCCAGCAUCUCCAAGCACCAUCAGCCAGUGGAGUUCUAGAAGCCCCUCUCCCAUUAGCCUCUCAGAAGCAGAAACUGCCGCUAGGCCUUUAACCUCUGGAGGGCACUCGUCUCGCUUUCCCACUGAUCCCUCAGCCCCCCUCUCACCAUCCCGUUGGCACUCCAGUGUCCGCAUACGGGACACAUAUACAGAGACCAUGGUGGAAGCCAGUGAUAGUCAGGUCCCUCAGAUGCACGAACUAAAGCAGGAAGACUCGUUGGAAAGUGGCUUUCCGGACUACACGAGUGUCCCCUCCCCCAUUGGCUCCUAUAGCCCAUAUUACUGCCCUAGCGUGAUUGACCCGGUCGAAUUCUCUGACAUUUCCAGCCUGUAUGAUGAGCAGCCAGAUGAAGUCCGCUCACCAUCUCCAGGUUUAAAUCAUCCUCACGCAGAAGGCUUGAGCCACACGCAAUUGCCGCUAAGCGGUACUUAUGAAAUCGGGGCUUCAGGGGACGGCCAACUGAGCAGCCUGGGCCCAUCACUGGAGCCUUGCCCUGUGUCCCCAGGGACGGUCCCCCCCAAGAGCAGCCAGGCCAUUGGUUGUUUAUCCCCAGCCUUGGCUGAUGCGCCAGAUGACUUCGGACACACCUCCACUGAUGUCAUGGCUCGUGGGUCCUCUGAUUGGUUAGCUGAUGGUGUAGAGCUCCCUGUAGAAAGCUCAUUCAGCUCACUGAGUCUCCCCAGAACUCCUAGCUUUUUCCCAGAUCCGGGUGAGGACUGGUCACCCCAUUGCAUUGACAGCUGCACACGCAGCUGCAUGCAGGAUGAGUGCAAGGUGGAAAUGGAAGCAAAGACUGAGUGUGAACCAGGUAUAGACUGUCAUUAUGUGUCCCCAGCCCGUCUCAAGAGGCUGCGAAACCCAUUGUGGAGGUCAUUCCAGAUCCAGGCUAACAAAGAUGACAAAGGUGACGAGAAGAAGGGAGAGGAAGUAGGGUGCGGGGAAGCACUGUGUCGGCGGGGCCUGAACCUGGUGAACACCACCAUCGAGGAAAACUUCCCUGAGGGGACUCUCCAGCUGCUUGCAGACUUCCUGCACCCCCGUGUUUGGCCCCCUCCACAAAUAACAAAACACCUUUUGCGGGGAAUACUGCUCAACUGCCAGUGUCCCAUCGCUCUCGUCUCUGAGGCCUACACCCUUCUCAUGAGGACACAAAAGUACCACCCAGCUGAUUGCUCAUCUGUGCCGUGGGACUGGGAGCUGCUCUGCUCUGUCAUGAAUGAGCAGAAGCCUGGUUGGUACAAGGAUCCGUCCAAAAGGCACCAAAGUUCCGUCGUGCGCAUGCUUUUGCAGUACGUUCUGCAGACGCUGGAGGACGACUUCCACCUCCAGUUGUCCCAGCACAGCCUGUUCUCCUCCAUUGCCAGUGCGAUGCUUUCCUGCGACAGGAGGUUCUCCUUCGUCAGGGAUGUGAUUGGUUGGCUGGUCUACGCAGUGAAGAAUUCUACAGGUGACCCACAGAGGAAGGCCAGUGACACUGAGGAGGAGAUGCUGAAGGAACAGGAUGAAAACCUCAAGGUAGUGUUCCUCCUGCAGAGGAUGCUGAAUUUGGCCUUGGAGGUGGACCGCUCCCCCACCUGCAGCUCCAACAAGAUCUCUCAGGAGCUCUUCCAGACACUGAUCAGCAUCGUCCCUCUCCGGCAACACAGGUUGCUCCUGCUGGAGACCCUGGACAGCAGCCUGCUGAGGUGUAAGGUGCUGGAACUGCUGCUGCAUAACUCCUGUCUGCACAAGAGCAACACACCUAUGUCUCUAAAGCUCUUGCUGCACUUCUUCCAGAACGCCAUGCCAACCACUGACCCCAUGGACGGGGCUAUGAAAUGCUCGAGCUGGAACGAGCUUGUCCAGCUGCUGUGGAUGCUGUUGCUUAGCUACGAGGAGGUGAAGGAGGGUCACCUACGAGUGUCCAUAACCGAGCGAGCAAGAUACACACGACCCCCGAUCCAGACUGUGAACGAUCAGAUCACACGGGCCGCGGUGCAGGAGGCGGCCAAUGGUUUCCACUUUCAGCUGUCAGCUGACCUGGGCGCCUCCGUUCCCCCACAGCUGGAAAAUCUAUUUUCCUCUCUGUUAGGUUACCUGCUGGAUGCAUGUCAGUAAAGAUAUAUUUACCUGAAAAAAAUAGCAUAAAGAAAUCAUUUUAUUGCAGGGAGAACUGUGGAUUUCCUAUAGCAGAGAUUACUCAAUUUUAUUUUAUUUUUUCCCAAGUAAAAUUACCAAUGUGCCUGUAUCUUGUUAACAUAACGAACUCAGUUUUUCUGCUACAUUGUUGCUUUGUAGGUGGAUGGGGAAAAGAGCAGAUGGUGAAGCAAAUGGGGGCAGAAGCAUGGUAUAGAGCAGGGGUGUCAGACUCCUGUCCUUGGGGGCCGGAGCCCUGCUCAUUUUCGGUUUUCCCCUCAUUUAACACACCUGAUUCAACUCCUUGUGCUAAUUACCGCACAGCUCUUG